UCGACGUCUUGCUAAGUUGUACUACAAUUAAGUGUAAAGUAUUAAUAUUUAAACCAAAAUGUAUAGGAAAGCUUUAAUAGUCAGCGUACUUGUGGCCUUUGUGUGUGUGCAAAUCGCUGAUUCCCUGGUGUGUUACACCUGCGUAACGCCAAAGGACUGCAAGAGUCCCAAGAAAGUCACCUGCACGAAUGCGGCUGCGAAUGAGACUAGUCACUACCUGGGUGUCUAUCAUCAGAAUGUUCGCAAUCUAACCAGCACGCGAUUCGAUUGCCUGGCUCUGAAGUACAACUACAAUAACGAUGUCGUCCAUCAGCUCCAUGGCUGCGUGCAUCCAAGUGUUGGAGCCUGCAGCUUAGCCCUUAAGCCGAACUAUGCUCACUACAAUAAGACAUGGUGUCUCACCUGUUCGGGCAACAAGUGCAACAAGAAUCCGGCCGGAAAGAUGAGCAGCAGCAAUAUCGCCAUCGCGGCCAGCGUUCUGGGUCUCUUGCUGGUCAAGAUGUAUGCCUAGUGUGAAAUUUAAUAAAAAUGAGCUAGGAGCUAUGAUAUUUUAUA